AUGCACAUUGCCAAAGAAGUUAAAGAGGCAAAGAUUUUUGCCAUUAUAGCAGAUGAGACUCAAAACAUAGCAAAACACGAACAAGUAGCUAUUGUCUUAAGGUAUGUUAAUGACAAGUUAGAAAUUCAUGAGUCAUUUGUAGGAUUUUACCGUACUAAAAGAGCUGACGGCGUUUCACUGGCCAAUGAACUGAAGAAUGUUUUGAUUUCGCUGGACUUGAACCUAAAAUACCUACGUGCUCAGUGCUAUGAUGGCGCCUCAAACAUGAGAGGCCCAUAUAAAGGAGUGGCAGCUAUAAUUAUGCAAGAAGCUCCAAUGGCAAUUCUUUAUAACUUCAUUGCGAAAUCAACUAAACGACAUGCUGUUUUUGAAGAAAUUCAAAAAACUUUUCAAAGCCAUGAUGGUGGAACAGUAACAUUAAAAUCUUUAAGUGACACUCGAUGGGCUUGUCGUGUCGAAGCCGUACGCUCUCUACUAGAUAAUUUUGAUGCCACUCUUGCAACUUUACGGGAGAUUUCCGAAAAAGACAAUGAUAGUGGUGGACAAGCCAAUGCGUUAUUGAAAAAUAUUGAGGACUUUAACUUUGUAUUUGACCUUUUAUUGCUCAAAAGAGUUCUAUCCCAAUGUGAUGUACUGUCAAAAACACUUCAGUCAAGUAGUGUGACUUAUGAAAUUGUGAAAUCUGUAAAAAACAGCACUCUUGAUGUAUUAAAAUCCUUCAGAACACAUGAAUUUUUCACAAAGUUGUUUGAUCACUGCACAGACAUCACUGACAAGUGCGGGUUUAAAACCGCCCAACUGCCAAGAAAUAGCCGAAUUCCACUAAAAAUUGGUGGAGGAAGUAAAACCCCAUUUGAAUCUGUAGAGCAGUACUACAAAGUAUCAAUCCUUUGGCCAGUUAUUGAUAUCCUAAUCGAGGAGAUAGAGGCUAGACUUCAAGAAAACAACCUAGAUGUACUUAACCACUUAAGUGGAGUUCUAGGUGGAACCGAUGUAGACACAGCCUCUGUGCAAUAUGUGUCUAAAUAUUAUAAUUUAGACAACGAACUUCUUCUAUCUGAACUUAAAUUGUUUUAA